ACCAUAGUGCAUGUUAAACAUGAGCAGUAUGGGAAAGGCUGGUAGCUCCAAAGCAAACGUUAUUGAUGAAGAUUAUAAUGAUGCCAAGAGUGUGCCCUUGCUAAGGGCUAUGGUGACUUGCGGGAUAGUAUCGGUGAUUUAUAUGUCUGGUGUCAUAUCCUUCUCGCCAUUUCUCAGCCAGUUCAUCCGGCAGCGUAUUGCUGAGUCCUACACUUACAACACAAACGAAAGUUUCAGCACUGGAAACAUUUGCGACCGAAAUAAAAGCAACCAUGAUAAUCUGAUUGGAAUCAAGAUCCAACAACAGUCGUCGGAUAUCCUGCUGUACUUAUCACUCUCUGGAUCCAUUGCUUCCAUCUUCAUCAACCUAGUCAUUGGAUCCUACUCCGACUUCCUUGGCCGGAAAUUCCUAUUCUUCAUACCCACCCUAGGGGCUGUCCUGAAAGGAACAAUGUUGUGUCUUGUAAUAGCGUUUCGAUUUCCCCUUGGCUGGUUAUAUUUGGGCUAUGUUUUGGAAGGUCUCACUGGGUCGUUCAGCGGAUAUCUCCUGGCUGUGUUUGCAUACACGGCAGAUGUGACUGAGCCUGGAAAGAAACGCACUGUCAUGAUAGCUCUGGUGGAGGGUAGCUUUGCUGUGGCAGGGUCUAUUGGUCAAUUGGCCGUUGGAUUCAUCAUACAUAAUGUCAACUACCUGUACGCUGCGAUAAUGAUUACUGCCAUCUUUGGUCUGGGACUGAUCUUGGUAAUAACACUCCUGCCUGAAACUAUGACCAAUAAGGUGGAGAAACGGUGGUCUCCACUGCCACACAUCAAGAAGGUUUUUGGAUUCUUCUUCACACGAGGCUCAGGUAAACAGCGAGCCAUGUAUAUACUAGCACUCCUUAUAUUCUUUUUUGGAACGUUCCAAAUGCUUGGACGGUCAAAUGUAGAAACUUUGUAUCAACUAGACAAACCAUUUUGUUGGAGCUCUCUGAAAAUCGGCUACUAUGGUGCAAUCAAACUGUCCUUCAGUGUUGUAUGUGGCCUAGUUGGACUCAAGCUUUUACAGCCUUGCUUCCGAGACAUGACAAUUGCAUUAAUAGGACUGGCCUUCGGCGCAGCAUCCUUCGUGGUGGAGGGACUUGCCGUCAGUGAUUGGAUGCUGUAUUUAGUCCCACUGAUCUCCAUCUUAUCAUUUACCGUUGUCCCUGUUGCACGAUCAGUUAUGUCAAAGAUGACGUCCCCGAUGGAACAAGGCGCUCUGUUCUCCAGCAUUGCUGUCAUGGAGAGUAUCUGUAGCACGCUGUCGGCAACGAUGUACAACACCGUCUAUCACGCUACUGUUGACUCUUUGAGAGGAGCGGUUUUCAUCGUAAUGGUCGGAAUCGCAAUUAUCUGUGCUGCUUGUAUUAUUGCAUUCCUCUUCAUCUCGAGAGAAGACACACAAGUAUCGGAGUCUGGUGUUGUGCCUCCAACCAAAGUCCAACUGAAGUCACUAAACAAGUAGCGAUGACACCAUGAAAGUUAUCCUGAUGUAUCUAACCCGUGACCCAAGCAGUUUAUUCUAAAGACAUCAUAUAAUAUUUGUUUCUUACACACCUGUGGGUAAGAAACCCAUUUGAG